CAGACACAUUGUCAUACAACUAAACUUCAGAUUUCUUCUCAAUUUUUGGUAGGUCAGCAUUUUGGAAUCAAUUAUAGUUGGGACGAUUCUCAAGUUGGGAUAUGGAGUAGUACGUAAACACCAAAUCUAAUCAGGUUAUCACAUGGCCGGGAAUUGAUUGUGAGCCGUGUUUACAUAGGGAGCGAGGUCACUGGGUAUGUGUGCAAGAGCAGUCAUUACACUGCAAUUUCUGCAUGCCGCUCUGCAUGGUCAAAACUGAACUGAAGCUCAAACUACGACUAUAUUCAGAAGCUCGAAUAUAAAAAUCUUAUGUUAGAGCGUUGAGAAUAUUUAAUAUCCAGAUCCAGAAUCAUGGCGGACAGCGGCAAACAGGCCGGUGAUGAUUCUAAGCAAGAGUUCAGCAGCCGUAUGAUGGACGUGGCCUUCAGUGGCCUCAAGUGUGUGGCCAUUGCGAUGGGAAAGGAAACAGGACUCUUUGAUGUCAUGAUCGCCACGGAGACGCCCAAGACCAGCCAAGAAAUAGCAGAUGCAGGGAAUCUUAAAGAGCGGUAUGUGAGAGAGUGGCUUGGUGCCAUGGUCACUGCAAAAAUAGUGAACUAUGACCCCUCAACAGAGACAUACUGGAUUCCUAAAAGUCAUCACUCUAUAACGCAGUUCACUGGAUUGGCGAUGUGCACCCCAUCAUUGUCCACAGCAUUCUAUGAUGUAGCGGACAGCUUCAGGAAAGACGGACCCUCAGGUGUCCCAUACUCCAACUAUUCUAAAUUUGACGACUUGAUGGAUGGAAUGCAUGGACCAUUGUUUAAAAAUGAGCUGGCGGAGUUUACUGCGUCGAUGCCCGAUGUCCAGAAGAAACUUGAGUCGGGGAUAAAAGUGCUUGACAUCGGCUGCGGUCCAGGAGCAUCUACGUUGGAAUUCGCCAAACAUUUUCCAAAAAGCACCAUUUACGGGCUGGAUCUCUCGGAGUCGGGCAUCAAGAAUGCGCAAGAGGUCGCGAAGGUCUCGGGUCUGACCAACACCGUAUUCCGCUGUCAAGAUGUAAGCUCCCUACCAUCCGAUUGGACGUCUCAAUUUGACUACGCUUUUGCCCACAUGGUCAUCCACGACCUGGCCGAUCCGCUGAGAGUCCUGAAGGAAAUUCUCCGUUUGUUGACACCAGGGGGUGCCCUUUCAGUCCUUGACCCCAACGCUCAUUCCAAACUCGAAGAUAACAUCUCAGAGGAGAAUGAGCAUGCCAGUAUGUUGUACACCAUCAGUAUGAUGAACUGCAUUCCUGCAUGUCUUAGUCAGAAUGAGGGGAAAGGGGCAGCCUUGGGUGCCGCCUUGGGACGGGAAAAGGCAACUCUACUUUUGGAGGGGGCCGGGUACCAUGUCAAGUCCAUAACCAAGGCUCUAGGGGGAUCUUUGCAUUAUCUGUGCUUCAAGUCUUAGUUUGUGUCUGUGAAACGGGAAACAGAACGGAAAUACUUUGUAAAAGAGGGCUUUAUGGUCAAAUUCAGUUUUGUGAUGCACUCAUUUGCCAAAAGAUGUGGAAGUUGUGGAAGUUGGACUAAUAUGUCUAUAUCUUUAGUCUUAACCUCACAUUAAAACUGUGUGAAAAUGCCAUUGUAUUUGAUACCUUUCCGGUAUUCGCCGACAUCUAUCGCAAACAUCAAUAAUGACCUCACAUUCUAUUUUGACUGAUGCACUGCAAACACUCCACUUCAGGAUGUGCAGACAUAAAUGACGUCAUGUUUUAAAUUUCGUGAUGAUAACUUAUGAGUAACAAUAACAACAAUUUAAAUAAUUUUUAAUAACUUGAAGUACAAGUAUUUUUUAUAUUAAGAAUUUUAUGAAAAUUUUAUGAAAAGGGUUUUGCGGAAGACACAUCCUUUUGAUGAUAUCUUUUUUUACUUUUGUACUUCCCUGGACUAUUUCAGGUCAAGAUGUUUAUCAAUUCUAAAGAUUUAAAAUAAAUAAUGAAGUUACUCAGGUCAAUCAAUUUCAUCGACUUUUAAGCGCACCAUAAUGAUUAAUUUUUCUUGAAUUUCGUUUUAUCAAAUAAUGAGUACACUGAAUGUAAAAUAAACUGUAUAAAACACAUGAAGUGUAAAAUUGAAUACGGUUAUUUAUUCUUCUAAGUACACUUUGGAAAAUUGUCGUAAAAAACUCCUGGGUCAUACUUGACCCCCAUUCUGGGUCCCAUUUGUGGGUCAGACUGACUCAUAGAACUGAUUAAAAAAAAGUACUGCUUAAAGACCGACACAGACUUCCAGCCUUAAUAUACUGACUCAGAAAUGACAUGUGACCCAGAAUAGGGGUCAAUUAUGCCCAGGAUUUUUUUUCCAAAAGAUCUUAACAGGCUAGGUAC